ACUGCUUCGUUGUAACAAUCUCAUUUAUAACGUAAAUAUAAUGUCAGCAAAUCAAACGGUCAUGACAAUAUGACUGAUGAAGACUACUUGUAAAAUAAUUAGGAUAAGAUGUAGUGGAAUGCAUACACAAUACACGCAUUUCAGUCAUGGUGCAAUAUCUUACCUAUUUUAGAUGUUACAUUAGAAAAGCUAUGAAAAAUUAUGCGGACUUGACGAUCCAAGCGAACAAACUACAAAUAAUAUUGAAUUACAAAUUAAAAUUUAAUGCAAAACUGUGGAAACAGUGCACUAUUAUGACAUUGGGAGAAGAUUGUCUAUCUUUUUAUCGCAUACUCGUAAGCGGAAUGACUACAAAAGUAGCGAUUAAAACGUGAGAAUAUGAGAGGAAAUAUAUAUAGCGACAUUUUUUAGGGGUCAUGCCCCCUGGGGCAAGCAGUGGAACAGAGGGCUUGGGCCCGACCUGUUCUGAAAUACAUAACAAUCAAGAUCAUGCUACAGCCAAACUUACACCUCCCCCUACAUUCGUUCAACAAUGCUACAGACACCUCAAGAGUUCUGGUGUUGGCGAAGCAAGCGUCUAUCAUGCAUUGGUUGUAAUAUAUCUGGAAUUCUUCGCAUGGGGAUUAUUGACCAUGCCUAUUAUUAGGGUAUUGAAUGAAACAUUUCCGGAUCACACGUUCCUGAUGAAUGGCUUGAUAAUAGGAAUCAAAGGAAUCUUGUCUUUUCUUUCUGCGCCACUAAUUGGUGCUCUCUCUGACGUAUGGGGUCGAAAAUUUUUUUUACUUAUCACAGUGGCCUUCACAUGCGCACCAAUUCCCCUAAUGAGCAUUAAUACAUGGUGGUUUUUUGCCAUGAUUUCUAUCAGUGGCGUAUUCGCUUGCACAUUCUCAGUAGUGUUUGCAUAUGUUGCGGAUGUAACAGAAGAAAAUCAAAGAUCACUAGCGUAUGGCUUGGUGUCAGCAACUUUUGCUGCAAGUAUGAUAAUAAGUCCAGCUUUGGGUGAUUAUAUUAUGAAGACUUAUGGAGAAAAUCUUGCCGUAGCAUUAGCAACUGCUAUCGCAGUCUUGGAUGUGUUUUUCAUAUUAGUGGCUGUACCUGAAAGUUUGCCUGAAAAAACACGUCCACCAGCACCUAUAUCAUGGGAGCAAGCUGAUCCAUUUGCUGCUCUUGGAAAGGUUGGAAAAGACCAUACUAUUUUAAUGCUGUGUGUUACUGUGUUCCUGAGUUACCUCCCUGAAGCAGGACAAUAUAGUUGUAUAUUCGUUUACUUAAAAUUGGCUAUGGGUUUCUCUACUCUUAUGGUAGCAAUAUUUAUUGCCGUGGUGGGCAUCCUGAGUGUAGGAGCGCAAAUUGUAUUAGGAUCCUUAAUGAGAACACUCGGCAGCAAACAUACUAUAAUGCUCGGUCUGUUAUUUGAAAUGUUACAGCUCAUGUGGUAUGGAUUCGGUUCACAAACAUGGAUGAUGUGGGCUGCUGGAGUACUUGCUUCUGUAUCAAGUAUUACAUAUCCUGCAAUUUCUGCAUUUGUAUCUAUGCAUUCUGAUGCUGAUAAACAAGGAUUGGUGCAAGGUAUGGUAACUGGGAUGCGUGGUCUCUGCAACGGACUUGGACCUGCUAUGUUUGGUGUCAUAUUCUACCUUUUUCACGUUGAUCUUAAUGAUGACACACCCAAUCUCCCCUUGAAACCAUCGUUUGUAGAUGAAAACAACAGAACGAGAACUAAUACACAUCUUGACAUAAUGCCUCAGGUACAUACAUUAUAUUUGCAGCUUGUACCAGGGCCACCGUUCGUAUUUGGUGCGUUACUUGUGAUCUGCGCGCUACUAGUAGCCGCAUUUAUUCCCGAAUCAAAUACAAUGUCAACAGGAUCGUUGCAUCACCCAUCCACUUCCCGGAGGCCCUCCGGUAAAUACGCAUAUCAGAAAUGUUUGUCCUUGGACGUUCAAUAUGAGGCAGACCGAGUAGGAAGUGGAAGAGGAAAGAUCGGUCCGCUAUCACCACUAGUCGACAAUUGUAACUCCGCCGCGCUAUAAUGUCUAUUGAAAAAUGUAAGACAAGCCAUAUAGUACACGACGAGAAUACUUUAGCCAAGCGGUAAAGCUUCACUCUUAAUCAGAGAUGAAGAGGUCGUUACUAUGAAAUACACCUGAUUCGAUCAGGCGACUGUAAUAGAGUUGUCUAUAUUGUAUUAUACUAUUUGUUUAAGACAGUAACUAAGCUUGAUUUUAGGACUUAUUGAUGGAACUUAAUGUUUAGGUUGUGACAAACAAUUUGCACAAGCAGUGCUUGUGCGAUAAUACCGUGGGUUGAUCUCAGAGUCGAGUAUAAUCGUACUGCAAGCGUGUUAUGUUGCGAAAAACGUAACAUUAAAUUAGAUCUUCCUUUUCAAGAUUCUUGCGCCGACUAUUCAAUCAGAUGUAACAAUUUUAUGCGAAGUAAAAUCAAUGACUCUUUAUGCAGCUCGCCAACGGCACAAAACGAUACAUGAAUGAAAACUGAAAAUCUGUAUUUUACUAGCGUUAUCUUGUGAAUAUUUGAUCCUUUACUUUGAUGUCGUAUCCUUUUCUUUUGUUACUAAUUUAUAUUAUCACAUUUUAUAUCAAGUGCUAAUGUAAAUUGCGCAACAUAUUUUUGCAUCU